CGUCGGAGCGGCAGGAAAAGCGCUGGCUGGUUCUUUGGCACAGUCGCUGAGUGCGCACUGGAGAGAUUGGAGGAGGAGAGGGAGGGACAGGCGUAAACUUCACUUCCUUCCAAAACAUUUCCUCUGUCCGCGCUCCCAAGAAAAAACACCGACACUUUCUUGGUUGCCGUAGCCGACUUUCGCUGCUCUCGUUCCAGGGGAAGUCUUUGGAGAAGUUGGCCAUGGAUUGGGGCACGGACUUGUGGGACCAAUACGAUGUCAUCGACAAGCACACACAGUCGGGGCUAGACCUGGUGGAGCGAUACAUCAAGUUUGUGAAGGAGAGGGGCGAGAUUGAGCAGAACUAUGCCAAACAGCUCCGAAACCUAACCAAGAAGUACACCAAACGAGGGAGCAAGGAGGAGCAAGAGUGCAAAUUCAGCAACCAUGCCUCGUUCCAGGACAUCCUUAAUGAGCUUAACGACUAUGCGGGGCAGAGGGAGGUGGUCGCUGAGAGCAUGAUGACCUCCAUCUGUGUGGAGCUCACCAAGUUCAUCCAGGAGAUCAAGCAGGAGCGCAAGACUCACCUGUCGGACGUGAAGAAGUCCCAGCAGACCCUGGAGAGCAGCUUCAAACAGCUGGAGAGUACAAAGAAACGCUUUGCCAAAGAGUGGGGUGAGGCAGAGAAGGCGACGCAGCAGGCCGAGAAGACAGAGAACGACCUGAAUGCAACACGGCUUGAUGUGGAGAAGGCCAAGCACUACGCCCACAGCCGCACCCACGUUGCAGAGGAGAGCCGCAGUGACUAUGCCGCCCAGCUUCAGAAGUACAAUAAGGAACAAAACUACUACUACUACACCGACAUACCCCAGAUAUUCAACAAGUUACAGGACAUGGAUGAGCGGCGGAUCCGGAGGCUAGCUGAGGGCUACUGUCAGUUCUCCGAUAUUGAGAAAAAGGUGCUCCCUAUCAUCACCAAGUGUCUGGAGGGCAUCACUGCAGCAGGAACACGUAUCAAUGCUAACCAGGACUCCAUUCUCUUCAUAGAACAGCACAAGUCGGGCUUCGAGCGGCCCGCAGACGUUGAGUUUGAGGACUACUCUCACGGAAUCAAACCCGCAACCUCCGAGUCCACCCUGAACCCGCCCAAAGCCAAGGCCAAGCUGUGGAUCUUCAGCAAGAAGCACAAGACGUCAGGAGUGGAGAAACACAUGCCUGUAGAAUCUGAGGACUUCUCCCACCUUCCUCCAGAGCAGAGGAAGAAGAAGCUCCAGGCCAAGAUUGAUGAGAUCACCAAAGAACUGCAGAAGGCCCAGGACAGCAGUGAGGCGCUGGAGAAAAUGAAGGUGGUGUAUGCUAACAACCCAGGUUUAGGAGACCCCAGCAGCCUGGAGCCCAGCAUCUCAGAGACAGCUCAGAAGAUCAGCAAGCUGCGAGGAGAGAUAACCAAGUAUGAGACAUGGCUUUCAGAAGCGAUGGGAGGAGAAGAUUGCUCCAGCCCAGACAACCACCAGCACACUGUGAGCACAGAGGAGUCUGAGCCUCCGGAGUUCCCGGACCCCCCAGAGGAGAGCACGCCUACAGUCAGUCUCUACACAGAUUUCUCUGAGUUUGACGACGUGUGUGGGCAGUACAGGGUGCUCUACGCCUUUGACGGCAAAGACGAGGGUACUCUCUCUAUCAACCCUGGAGAGCAGCUCAGUGCCAUCGAGGAGGACCAGGGAGACGGCUGGAUGAGAGUGGUGAAGGCCAACGGAGACGAGGGAUACAUACCAUCGUCCUAUGUCCAACCGCUAUAACGUCCUCUGUCCAGUGUCCUCUGUCCAGCCGCUAUAACGUCCAAGCAGACACCUCAUCACAUAAUAAUCAUACAUAUUGUGAAGCAACAAUAACAUUACAAUUAAAAUCUACACUGCAAAUAUAUAUUCUUUGGAAGGAACUUAAUUUGUCACACAGUCAAAGAAACGUCUUAAACAUGACCUAACUGUGUCCCCAGACAUGAGGUAAACAUGAGUAAAUCAAAUAUAGCUUUUGCUGAUAACAAAUAUAAUGCUGAUUUAUUCUUAAUUGCAAAAACAUUGGAUAUGAUAUCACAUUUAUUUAUCUCUUUCUUUAGGGUUGCCAAGCGAAAACUUAUGUGUCUUCUUCGUGCAUGUUUAGGCAAUAGGCACGGGUAAGCCUGGCUCAGUCGUGAUUGUAAUACAUAGCGCAGGCUACAUACAGUUUCUUUAAAAAACAGCUUUAGAAUUUAUAACAAAACCCUCUAAUUACAAAUUUGAUCUUGUUGCUUAGUGACAGGAUUUCCAUAGAGUUGUUUUUUUUUUUUGCAGUACAGAUUUCAUUCAAAUCAGAAAAUAUUGCUUAUGAAGUUCAUUUGGUUAUUUUGUGAUUUCUAGUCCUGCUUGACACUGUGAAUGUGCCAGGUUGAAUUCCUCUCAAAAAGCUCAUAUACCACACUUUUGAAUGUAGAUCAGAAAGCUGUUGGAAAUAUGAACUCAAAUAGUUUAUCCAUCCACUUUACAUAUAGGACCUAUACAUUUUUCCAGAUUAUAAUGUGACAAUGUGAUAAAUAAAAAUAAAAAAACUGGAUUAAAACCACUAUCUUGUAUACAGUGCACAGAGUAUAACAUUCCUAAAUAAACUGUCACAAUUGUGCAGUUAAAUAUAUGCAUAUCUAAUAUUGUAAAUGUAUAAAUAUAUAGGUGAGAGAUCGCUAGAUUUUAAGAACAUGGCCAAGCACAUUCUUAAAACUCACUGCCCUCAGCAAAUAUUUAACCCAUUGAUAAAUAUGUAAGAUGUUACACGUUUACAAUGAUUUUUCCCGAACAGCUAGAACUUUAAACUUUUUAAUGACAAUUGUACUUUUAAAUACAUUUUAACGGUUUUUACCAAAAUAUAGGUGUUUAGAAACACCUGUAUUUUCUAAACACAGGUGGCUUUAUUAGCAAAGGGCACUGCACAUUUAGAGAAAAUUGCAAAAACUAAGGAUAUCAUCAGAUUUCUGUUUACAUUUAGCUUUCUAACAAAAAACUAUGCAAUUUUACAAAUGUCAGUGAAAAAUGAUUAAGUUAAAGGUGCACUAUGUGCACUGUUUACUAACUGCUCAUCUCCAUGGAGAUGUUAUUGUUUUGCUUGGAAUGUUCCACAGUAUGCCAUUAAACUGUUGUAUCUGGCAUGUGGGACCUAUAACUUGGUCUGGUGGCAUUGUCUGCUUGUCUCCAUGGAGAUUGAUAAGUUAAAUACCAUACUGUGGAACAUUCCAGGCAAGGCAUUAACAAGCAAACUUACAUGGUGCACUUUUAAAUAUUGCUUUCACAUUAUUUGAUUACCAUUAUUCUCAGUCUAUUAAAUUGGUGAUUGGUAAACUGUGUCUUCAUAUAAAUUUGAUAUUUGUAAAACAUUAUGAAAUUAUGACAUCCCUAGUAAAAUUCUAAACUAUUUGUUCAUUUUGUCACAUAAAACUGCAUUUUUCUAAGAGAAGAGCUGUGUGUUAGUGAUGUUUCCUUGGCUGUUAUGUAUCUUAUUACACAAUUGUAUAUGUCAUUUAUAAAGUUAUUAAGUAC